AUGGCCGAAUCGAUGGCACCACACACUGCUUUACUGCUGGACUUGGAUGAAGAUUAUUUUGAUCGGUUUCAACUGAAGCGUGGUCCGGUCAUCGGCAAGGGCAUGAGCGGCCAAGUUAUUCUCGCCACGUCUAAAACUCGGAAAUACAGGCUGGCAGUGAAAAUGUUCUCAAUGCUCAACCAAGACGACGACAGGAAUAAACAGCUGCAUGAGCAGGAGGUCAAGGCCAUGUGGGGAGUGGACCAUCCAAACAUCAUCAAGCUCAUAUCGGCCGUACGAUGCCCACACUACUGGGCAAUAACCACGCCUUACUGUAGAAACGGAACGCUGUCUCAGAGACUUUCAGAACUCACCCCUCAGCACCUGGCACUUUACAUGAUACAGCUGUCUUGCGCUGUGCGCUACCUCAACAAGAAAAGAAUCGUCCAUGCAGACAUCAAACCAGCCAACGUCUUCUUAGAUGAUAAGCGACACGCAGUCCUAGCAGACUUUGGGCUCUCCUUUGUGGUAGAAAAAGCCAAAGACCACAGUGCAAAGAUUGGCGGCACUCCGGCCUUCAUGGCACCAGAACUGCACGGUAACGGAAAAAUUGACCCUUUUAAACUUAGUUAG